GCUUAGCGACCCUCCGAUAAAGAAACCCAAGCUCACACCACAACUUCUAAAGCUCCACCCUCCUUCACCGAACCGGCACGUAGUACGGAAGAAGCUCUAAAGCCUUCCGUUUGCCAUGGCAAUGGUCUCGACAUCUUGCUCGCAGUUCACAGGCCUCCGCCGAUCAUGUCUGAAACUGGACAGCUUUCAAUCUCAGUCGUUCAUUCCACAUACCAACUCCAGCAUUCGGUUCUCCUCUUCUCGCAAAGCUUCGAGAACCGUCAUCGCCAUGGCCUGCACCGGAAAGUUCUUUGUUGGGGGCAAUUGGAAAUGUAAUGGGACAAAGGACUCUAUUACUAAGCUUGUUUCUGACUUGAACAGUGCAGCGUUGGAGCCUGAUGCCGAUGUUGUGGUGGCUCCUCCCUUUGUCUACAUUGAUCAGGUGAAGAAUUCAUUAACAGAUAGAAUUGACAUAUCUGCUCAGAACUCUUGGGUUCAAAAAGGUGGAGCUUUCACCGGAGAAAUCAGUGUUGAACAGUUGAAAGAUAUUGGCUGUAAGUGGGUUAUUCUUGGGCAUUCUGAACGUAGACAUAUUAUAGGUGAAGAUGAUCAGUUUAUAGGAAAGAAAGCUGCUUAUGCUUUGAGUGAGGGUCUUGGUGUAAUAGCUUGCAUUGGGGAGCUGUUACAAGAAAGAGAAGCUGGAAAAACUUUUGAGGUCUGUUACCGGCAGCUGAAGGCUUUCGCAGAUGCUGUACCCAGCUGGGACAAUAUAGUUAUUGCUUAUGAGCCUGUAUGGGCUAUUGGGACUGGAAAAGUAGCUACACCUCUGCAAGCUCAAGAAGUUCAUGUAGCUGUUCGUGAUUGGCUUAAAAAGAAUGUUUCUGAAGAAGUUGCAUCUAAAACACGCAUCAUUUAUGGAGGGUCAGUAAAUGGAAGCAAUUGCGCUGAGCUUGCGAAGCAAGAAGAUAUUGACGGUUUCCUUGUCGGAGGUGCUUCCUUGAAGGGCCCUGAGUUUGCUACCAUUGUCAACUCUAUAACAUCCAAAAAGGUUGCUGCUUAAAUACAUACAAGGUUGUCACAGUAACAAAUAAAGGGCAGAGAGAUGCUUUCAGUUCAAAGCUUCAUGUAACCAACUUAUGACCCUGUAUUAUCCAAGUUUUGAUUAUUUCUCCUGGGUUCCGCUGAUUUUUUCUUAGAUGCUAACAAAAAACUGUAUUUGUAGCCCACUUAAAGAAAAGAAAAGAAAAGAAAAAAAACUGUAUUUGCUUGUAUGACUAUGGGGAAUGUCAGAUGGAAAUAAAGUAAAGUGUGCAGU